AUGGCAAGUGAUAUAUGCAUUGGCAUUGAUUUAGGGACAACCUAUAGUUGUGUAGGUGUCUGGCAAAAUGACAGAGUUGAAAUAAUCGCAAACGACCAAGGCAACCGUACCACACCUUCCUACGUCGCCUUCACAGAUACAGACCGUCUUAUAGGUGACUCAGCUAAAAACCAAGUCGCAAGAAACCCAGAAAAUACCGUCUUUGAUGCCAAAAGACUAAUAGGCCGGAAAUAUAAUGACCCUAUAGUGCAGUCAGACAUGAAGCUAUGGCCAUUUAAAGUCAUCAGAGGUCCUGACGACAAGCCCCAAGUGGUUGUAAGAUUCAGAGGAGAAGAAAAAAGGUUUUACGCAGAAGAAAUCUCAGCCAUGGUGCUUACCAAAAUGAAAGAAAUCGCUGAAGCUUAUUUAGGAAAAUCAUUGAAAAGUGCUGUUAUUACAGUUCCCGCUUAUUUUAACGACUCUCAAAGACAGGCGACUAAGGACGCAGGGAUUAUUGCAGGGAUUGACGUGAAAAGAAUUAUUAAUGAGCCUACAGCUGCUGCUAUUGCGUAUGGGCUAGAUAAAAAAGGCCAAGGAGAAAAGAAUAUUUUGAUUUUUGACUUGGGAGGAGGCACUUUUGAUGUGUCAUUAUUGACAAUAGAAGAAAGGAUUUUUGAGGUAAAAGCUACAGCUGGAAAUACUCACUUAGGAGGCGAAGAUUUCGACAAUAGGCUUGUAGACUGGUGUGUAGAUGACUUUAAAAAGAAAAAAGGCGUCGACUUAAGAGGCAAUAAUAGAGCUUUAAGAAGACUCAGGACUGCUUGUGAAAGAGCAAAAAGGACUUUAUCGUCAGCAACUCAAGCUAGUAUUGAAAUUGAUGCACUGUCUGAAGGAAUUGAUUACAAUACUAUUAUUACCCGAGCCAAAUUUGAAGAAUUAAAUAUGGAUUAUUUCAGAGGAUGCCUCGAUCCUGUAGAAAGAGUCCUUAAUGAUGCAAAUUUAUCGAAAAAUCAGAUAAAUGAAGUAGUUUUAGUCGGAGGCUCUACAAGAAUUCCGAAGGUGCAGCAGCUGAUACAAGAUUAUUUUGGAGGAAAAGAGCCUUGCAAAUCUAUUAAUCCAGAUGAAGCUGUAGCUUAUGGGGCUGCUGUCCAAGGAGCAAUUUUAACAGGUGAAGGCUCAAGUCAGAUUCGUGAUGUUUUAUUACUUGAUGUAACUCCGCUUUCACUUGGGAUUGAAACGGCAGGUGGUGUUAUGACUGUCUUGAUACCUAGGAAUUCUACAAUUCCUACCAAAAAGACACAAGUUUUCACUACUUACUCUGAUAACCAGCCUGGGGUUUGUAUACAAGUUUAUGAAGGAGAAAGGUCAAUGACUCAUGACAACCAUUUGUUAGGAAAAUUUAAUCUUGAAGGCAUCCCUCCGUCUCCCAGAGGAGUCCCACAAAUAGAAGUGUCCUUUGAUAUUGAUGCUAACGGCAUUUUAAAUGUCCAUGCUAUAGAUAAAGGUACAGGAAAAUCUGAAAGAAUUACCAUUACUAAUGAUAAAGGAAGAUUAUCUAAUCUUAUCUUAUAGAAUUUAUAGCGUUUAACCUCCACUACGGGGUGGCAACCCAGGUACUAUCACUCGCCUUCGUCACAUCGGGCCCACAGGUCACUGGGGAUGGCCUGCUUUGAUCACCAGGGUGCUUCUUAGGAAAGUGUUCCGACUUCGACGGCUCAUGGAUGAGCUGCUUGCUUGUUACAUGGGUUGCUUUUCCGAAAACCCAAAAAAUGGAUUUUCUGGUCAGCUGUCGGCAAAAAGGAAAAGCACGUAGCCUGGGACGUAACGCCCAGUUUCACGCUAGGGAGUUGCCCGAUGGUCCAAAGGACUCUGCUGAGCUUCCCCUUUCCCAACUCCCGUGCCCUCCUUCCCCACGAGGAAAAAUCCACCCUUGAGAUUAGACUAGGACUAGGCUCUGAACACAUUCAGAAUUGCUUACCUAGUAUUGCCGUCCAUCUCUAGAAUGGUAAAACCUUGCGGAUAUAAUUAAAAUAUGAGUCGAGGCUGCAUGGCCGGGAGGCCAUGCCCAGACGAAGACGCCAUAUUUUAAUUAUAAAGGAAGAUUAUCAAAAGACGAAAUUGAUAGAAUGGUAAACGAGUCUGAAAGAUAUAAGUCCCAAGAUGAAGAGCAAAGGAAAAGAGUUGAAGCCAGAAAUAGCCUUGAAGGAUUUGCAUAUAAUUUGAGGAAUAGUACAACUGAUAAUAGUGUCAAGGCAAAAAUUCCACAGUCUGAAUUGUCAAGCUUAGAAUGGAAAAUCAGAGAAAUUUUGAAGUGGGUAGAAGAAAAUCCGGGUGCAAGGGUGGAUCAGUAUGAAGAAAAACAAAAAGAAUUGGAAAGGGUGAGUAAUCCUAUUAUGGCAAAAAUUUACCAACAAGGCGGAACUACUGGUGAAAGUCCUGGUGAAAGUCCUGGUGGAAUGCCUAGUGGAGUGCCUGGAGGUAUGCCAGGAGGUUUCCCUGGAGGGCAAACAGCUGGCGGAGGGCCAAAUGUUGAAGAAGUCGACUAA